GUGAUCCAAGAUGGCGGUCGUAAUGGAAGGUCCUCUGUCUAAAUGGACGAAUGUAGUCAAAGGAUGGCAAUACAGAUGGUUUGUUUUGGACGACAAUACGGGUCUAUUGUCUUAUUACACGAGAGUGGUGAUYGGGAAAGAUUUUGAGCAUUUUGACCCAACAAGAGAAAGUCUUGAUCAAAGACUAGCAGAGACUGAAGCUUAUUACAAAAUAUUAACCAAUCAAAUCAAGAUAAUGAAAAAUCAGAUAAAUGCUGAUGUUGACAGUCAUUUAUCACAAAGAUAUGCUGUACUCAAGGAGUCAUCAGAAAACAUGUUGGAUUCUGUUGGCAAAUGUUUACAACUAAUGUACUCAAUUAAAGAAGAAUGCGAAAAAUCUAUUCCCAAGGCACCACAGGACACCCAACCCUUGCUGGACAUCGUCAGUGACCAUUAUUCUGAAGGAGAUCAAUCAAAGAGUAACCUUGUUCAAAAUCAGAUCCCCAGUGAUAUUUCUUCGUCUAUUACCUCAGGCGAGAGAAAAAMUGACACCUCUCCCGAAAGACGGACAAUGCGACAGAGCAAAAGCGAAUCAUCGCUAUCUCUUGAAAAACAGUCACCUUCAAAUGAAAACGAAAAUGAUGAUGAAAAAAAACUUAAGAGCGUAAUGUCGAAAUCAAGUUUGGAACUAACUACUCCAACGACAGAGGWAGCAACUUUAAAUUUCGACACUUCUGUCACACCCGUGGAAAAUUGUACCGCUCGUCCAAAUAUUCCAGAUUUUACCUCUCAUGUUACAUAUGCUAUAGCCUCUCCUGUAGUUGGUGAUGUUAGUGUACCACUUGCGUCGUAUUCCAGUAGUGACGAAGAAGAUGUGGAGUUUUUUGACGCAUCAGAGUUUUCAGAGAACCAAAGUAUUGAACAGAAAGAUGUAACAAGUUCUCAAAAACCAGCUUCCUUACAAGUUGCAAUCCUAGAUGAUGAAGACGAAUAUGAGCCAAUGGAUGAGGAUGUGUAUGGGAAAGAGUUAGGAGCUGAUGCAGUAGAGCAACAUAGUAGUGUUAUUACUCAUUUGUUAUCACAAGUCAGGCUAGGAAUGGAUCUGACAAAGAAUCGUCGAUAAGAAAACACCAGAAGAGAGAAUCAUACAAGUUCUCAGAUGGUACCUGUCUGCGAUGAGUGCUGGGAGAAAAGGUUCGGUAGCAAAGAAACCCUAUAAUCCUAUUCUGGGAGAGACGUUUCGUUGUUUUUGGACUCUACCGGAAUAUGCUUCUACUAGAGAUAAGACGCCUGUCAAAGAUGGUCCUGUUCCAUGGGCAUCAAAAGAUGACGUGACAUUUUUAGCCGAGCAAGUGUCACACCAUCCACCCAUCUCAGCUUUCUACGCCGAAAAUCGUACCAAGAAAAUCUCAUUUGGCGCUCACAUUUGGACCAAGUCUAAGUUUCUGGGUUUAUCUAUUGGAGUAGAAAAUGUUGGCCAAGGCUGCGUAUCUGUUAUACCACAUGACGAAGAGUAUGUCUUAACCUUUCCCAACGGUUAUGGAAGGUCGAUUCUCACAGUCCCGUGGAUGGAGAUUGGUGGUAAAAGCACUAUAACUUGUGCUAAAUCUGGAUACAGCGCUUCGAUACAAUUCCACUGUAAGCCAUUUUAUGGAGGAAAGAAACACCGCGUGACUUGUGAAGUAUUGGCGCCAAAUGAGAAGAARCCAUUCCUGACUAUCAAUGGUGAAUGGAAUGGACUGAUGUUCGCUAAGUACGCUGAUAAAGAGGAGGAAGAACUCUUCAUAGACGCGAAGAAUUUCCCUACCUAUAGAAAGCUAGUCAAGAAAAUCGAAAAACAGGGAGAGUACGAGUCAAAGAGAUUGUGGAAAGAUGUGACUUAUAACUUGAAACAUUCCAACGUAGAUAAAGCGACAGAAAGCAAACACAAGCUCGAGGAAAGGCAAAGAGCAGAAGCAAGAGAAAGAAAAGAAAAAGGAUUAAAUUGGGAAACCAAGUUAUUCCACGAWGUAGGAGGUCAUUGGCUGUACGAUAAACCGCUACAGAAGAUUCUAAAUAAGGAAAGCUGAAAUUCAUAGGAAAUUCUGAAAAUUGUUACAAAUAUUUUGAAUUAUUUUAUUAAUGUAAUUCGAAGCUCAAAAGGAACAAGGAAAUCUGAAACGCAACAAAUCCAAAGAAAGAUGCAAUUUAAGGAAUUAGGAACUUGCACUCCUGGGUCACUUUGUAUUCAAACGAAUCCCAGAAAGAGGARGACCAUCUCGAAUGCGAACUUUCAGGUCAUGAUACAGAAGAUGGGAGUCGGGAAUGGCAAUUUAAGGAUAUAAAAUUGGUUGUGAAAAUGUGUUGAAUGGCAAGAGGUUGCUGCGCAGCGCAUAUUGUUAUGAAAUUCCUAAUAACAUAUUUAGUUUUAUAUUUAGGGAUAGAUCACGUGACCUAUUAUAAGAAGUCCCCAAAUUUACCAACUUUUUUAGCCGUUAAAUAAAUUACAACUACACGCCAAACAUUAAAAAUUAGCGUUAAAAUUUUUAUGGCGCUAAACUCAAAUCGCAUUCCUGCAAGUGAAAUAAAUUGAUCACUCAGGACUGUCUCUCGACUKUCUUUAGAAAUUGCCUACAACUUGUGAAAUUUUCAAGUGUUUCAAUUGUUCGUUGAUGUGUAAAUUCCUUUCAUUACUGYGGACUGUAGUCAAAUUCUAAAGAAUAAUUACACGCUGACGAAGCUGAGGUUGAGUAAUGGGAUCCGUGAAAUGGCCUAUUCGUACUCUCGUUUUCUCGGAACCAAAGAGUUUGCCUGUGGUACCCAUACUGAAUCAUUAAAAAUUAAUAGACCUU